GGGGGGGAGAAGAUUUGAACUGAAUUGUUUUCGUUAGAUGAUCUCAUCGUUUUGUUGGUUAUUUUAUUUCAUUAUUGACUAUUCAGAUGGAUAAACAUUAUGGGCUUAUUUAAUGUUAUACUGAGGUGUAUAUAUAGGUUGGAAAGGAUUUGGUCAUUCGUAAUUUCCAAGUUGUGUAACCCUUCAUCACAAAAAAUUGAAGUACUUCAUCUAAGUGACAAUUUUUUAGUUAUUAAUAAAGGCCAUGAUAUAGUUAUUAAUAGCAAUGACCCUCAUGUUGCUGAAUCACUGCAUUCUAUUUUAAGUAAACUUUAUCCAACAUUAGUUAAUCCUAAGCUCCGGCAUUACUUUCAUUUUGUCCAUCGUCUUGACUUUGUGACCAGUGGAGUAUUAUGCCUGGCUUUAAAUAAAAAAGCAGCAUCUGCUGCAGCACAGUGCUUUGAAAAAAGAUUAACAAAGAAGUAUUAUAUGGCUUUGGUACGUGGUCAUGUUUCUGAAGAGGUUAUAGACAUUAAAGCAGCCAUAGGAGAAUGUUCCAGUGAAAAAAAUGGAAAUCACAAAAUGUGUGUGGAAGAUGAUACUGAAUGUUUGGCACCACGGACAGCUUUUACUCGCCUGAUAGUUUUAGAAAGGGGUAUAUUUGCAGCUUACCCUGCAUCAAAAGUUAUGUUGCGGCCAGUAACUGGAAGGAGGCAUCAAUUGAGAGUGCAUUGUCACUAUCUAGGUCACACCAUUGUUGGUGACUAUACUUAUAGUUCUGGCAAAGAUGUGAAUCCUGAUAGGACAUUUCUUCAUGCAUUAAGGCUCAUACUACCUAACGCUGUUGAACCCUUGGAUAUUAUGACUUCAGACCCGUUUCAAAAUAUCAAUAAAACUAAUAGCUGGGUGCCAGUUGAACGAAUUAAUAAUCUCCAAGCUGCUUUUACUAAAAUAGAACACAACAUUCCUUAAAAUUGUUUUUACUCUGGGAAAGUGAAAAAUUUCAAUGAUGUGGGGAACCUAAUUUAAUGAAUGAUAUUGAGGUAAAGAUUACAGAUUUUAAUAAAAUAGUUUAUUCACUUUCAAACUUAGGUAGCUUUCUGGUGAUAAAUUCAUUCAUGAAUUAAGUUGAUAAACAUUGUUGAUGUCGUAAAAAAAAUAUUAGAAAUCUCUGUUUUCCAGUUCAUUUCUCAAUUUUGAUGAGCUGGGGUAGUUAAAUUAAACUGUGAUAAAAUUUAAAUUGUUGAUUGUGUUUUACUAUGAAAUACUUAUUGCUAAGUUUUGCUGCAGUGAGUACAAUGUACUU